UCAGCAACCCAAGGUUCAUGAUGGACACGAUUGUGCUGCUUAUUCGACUCGUUAGUUUUGCCAUUCUUUUGUGCUCCUCAGUUGUUAUUUCUUUUCGUUCUCUACUUUCCUUCAUCUUGUUUGUAGGAACGAUUUAUCUUACCGGAAAACUCUACCCUGAUUCGACAACAGCGCAGCCAAAUCCUUUCAAACGACGAGGAAAAAUCAAAGAUGUCGACCCGACUGACAAUGCUGCUUUCGCAGAGAAGAUUUUAGACUUCGUCUCAUACGACGCUGCAAGCUCAGCCGUGCUCGACCAUUUUUUGCCCGUCCAGAAGAACACAGAAUGCAUCUUUGCGCGAACGGCCAAGAUUUGGGCAGCCAAGCCAUUCAUACGGGCACUCCCAUUAAAGGCAAAUGUCGAAAGAUCUAUUCCUAUGUUCAUCAAAUUCAUCAAUGUUGCUAGGUCACUUCAUUUAGAUGGAUUUGUUUUUGAACUUCCGCAUCAAGAAUUUGGAGAGUCGCCAAAGACAUUUGGCAGAGGUAUUCGUCGCCUUCUCAAAUGUUUGUCUGACCAUGACCCUGCAGGACGAAAAUGCAUGGACAGGUCAUACAUUGACAAGAGAGGAUGGUAUUUUGAAUUUGAUAAUGAAUCUAUCUUUGUAACUACUUUUGCUCCAUGCUAUACAUCUUGUCAUUCUCGUUAUGCAUUCGGGGCAAAGGGUUGUUUCAUCCUCUUCCAACCUGAUUUCUCAUUUGCAACACAUGAUAUUGGAGCAGACACGCCACACACAAACUGGGAGUCACCAUCUACAGUCAGAGACAAGAUACGAGUGGCAUACAAAAAUGCAGGACGACCAUAUACUAUUAGGGACACAGUGUAUUAUCCUCCAGCUCAUGACAUUGUAAAACCAUUACAAUUGCAUGAUCCUCCAGUCGAAUGGUGGAAAGAUGAGUAG